CUCCAUCAUACCUGUCCCCUUCCUAUACCUGGGUCUGUUGGGUAGAUGCAGUCAUUUUUAGAGAGGCAUAGUAUUCUCAGACCUGUCGCCACAAAUUGCUCCCCACUCAUUCUUUUCCUAUACUUUGUGUCUUUGAAACCUCUUCAUCUUCUAUGUUUAAUAUCUAGACUAUACUUUCUUCAUGGAAUUCUAAAUAUGUAAAUUUACAGGGCUAGGAGGGUCCAUAUCUAGUUUAAGACCCUCAUUGUAGAAAUAGAAAAAGGCCUAGAGAAGAGAAGGGAGUGGGCCAAAUCCACAAAAUCCACAUAGCUGAUUACUGCUAGAGCAAGUGGGACAAGAACCUUGGUCACUUGACUCAGGACGGUGACUUUUCACUGUUCUCUCUUUCCACCAGGAACGGUAAUGACCUUUGACUUUAAACAAAUCCAGACCUCAGUUUUACCCUGAAUUUUUGGGAGAACGUUUAGGGUUUUUUUUUUUUUCUUUUUAGUAUUUUCAAUUCUUCUGUGUCUUAGUUUUUAGGGUGUUGAUCUGUGUUAAUCCAGGCUAUCUUCUAGCUAUAUCUGGUUUCCUCAAGUGGAAAAUGUUAAAUAUAGUUAAUAUAAAAUUUCACUCUAGAAUCUGUUAGAAAUGACAGAGGCAAAGUUAAUGUAUAUAAAAAAAAAAAACAAAAAAAUUCACCAGUGCCUGGUGGUCAGUAGACUUUCAAUAAUUGUGAAGUCCCUUCUACCCCCUCGAAAGGACUGUGUUUCUCCCCUAAGCAGCACAGUGUAUGUGGUGGUUUCACGGUUAAAAGUUUAGACAGGCCCAGUAAAUCUCUCUUCUAUUUUACUUCCUAAGUGUGUGACCUUGGACAAGCUACCUGCCCUCUCACAGCUGAAUUUUCUUCAGUUGUAAAAUAGAGAGAAUUAGAGUAUUCAUCUCACAGGAUAAUUGUGAGACUUAAAUAAGAGAAUGCAUGUAAAAUGGUUAACAUAGGACUUAGAAUGUACAAAAAAAACUCUUUGUUUUACUGCCAGUUUUAUUUUUACUUAUGACCAAGCAGCCAUGACCUCAGAAUAAUAGUCAGGGCUGACAAUUGUGCUUCAAAGCAAGAAGGGAAACAACUGGUGACAUGGAGACUCUUUCCAUUUCUACCUCAUUUCUUAAACGGAGCUGUUAAAAUCUACCCAUGAGCUUUGGCUGGCCACACUGAAAGUGUCCUCCUCUCAGCAAAGACCAAUUAACAAGUUCUGAAAACAGAAGUACAACCCACCGCCUUGUAAUUCCUCCUGAGAUCCUAACCAGGAUUUGUAAAACACCCGGAUAUGGGUAAAGAACCAUCCCGGGUUUUGUAUCAAACCAGGCCCCAGAGGAACAGGACAUUCCAGUAGUUUUGUUUCUGGAAAAGAGGGCACCCAGCCCUUCCCCCUCCCUCAUCCUCCCAUCCCAGUAACCCCUGCCAAAUUGAAAUCCUGGACUUAAUUUAGGAGAAAGGCCCUGUAACCAAGAUACUGACUGAACAUGGCUGGCGGACUCAGGCUGGAGUCUGCAGUGCAGCAUUAAUGGGCCGCUGACAUGAAUAUGGAGUAGUUUUCUCUAGCAAAGAGUGGCUUCCAGCUUCUUAAAGUCUGACAAGAACCGGAUAGGGGGAAUCUACAAGAAGACCAUCUAUAAGGAAUACAAGGAUGACUCAUACACAGAUGAAGUGGCCCAGCCUGCCUGGUUGGGCUUCCUGGGGCCAGUGUUGCAGGCUGAAGUGGGGGAUGUCAUUCUUAUCCACCUGAAGAAUUUUGCCACUCGUCCCUAUACCAUCCACCCUCAUGGUGUCUUCUACGAGAAGGACUCCGAAGGUUCCCUAUAUCCAGAUGGCUCCUCUGGGCCACUGAAAGCCGAUGACUCUGUUCCCCCGGGGGGCAGCCAUAUCUACAACUGGACCAUUCCAGAAAGCCAUGCACCCACUGAUGCUGACCCAGCGUGCCUCACCUGGAUCUACCAUUCUCAUGUAGAUGCUCCACGAGACAUUGCAACUGGCCUAAUUGGGCCUCUCAUCACCUGUAAAAGAGGAGCCCUGGAUGGGAACUCCCCUCCUCAACGGCGGGAUGUAGACCAUGAUUUCUUCCUGCUCUUCAGUGUGGUAGACGAGAACCUCAGUUGGCAUCUCGAUGAGAACAUUGCCACUUACUGCUCAGAUCCUGCUUCAGUGGACAAAGAAGAUGAAACAUUUCAGGAGAGCAAUAAGAUGCAUGCAAUCAAUGGCUUUGUUUUUGGGAAUUUACCAGAGCUGAACAUGUGUGCACAGAGACGUGUGGCCUGGCACUUGUUUGGCAUGGGCAAUGAAGUUGAUGUCCACACAGCAUUUUUCCAUGGACAGAUGCUGACUACCCGUGGACACCACACUGAUGUGGCUCAGAUCUUUCCAGCCACCUUUGUGACUGCCGAGAUGGUGCCCUGGGAACCUGGUACCUGGUUAGUUAGCUGUCAAGUGAACAGUCACUUUCGAGAUGGCAUGCAGGCAUUCUACAAGGUCAAGUCUUGCUCCAUGGCCCAUCCUGUGGACCUGCUCACAGGCAAAGUUCGACAGUACUUCAUUGAAGCCCAUGAGAUUCAAUGGAACUAUGGCCCGAUGGGGCAUGAUGGGAGUACUGGGAAGAAUUUGAGAGAGCCAGGCAGUAUCUCAGAUAAGUUUUUCCAGAAGAGCUCCAGCCGAAUUGGGGGCACUUACUGGAAAGUGCGAUAUGAAGCCUUUCAAGAUGAGACAUUCCAAGAGAAGAUGCAGUUGGAGGAAGAUAGGCAUCUUGGAAUCCUGGGGCCAGUGAUCCGGGCUGAGGUGGGUGACACCAUUCAGGUGGUCUUCUACAAUCGUGCCUCCCAGCCAUUCAGCAUGCAGCCCCAUGGGGUCUUUUAUGAGAAAGACUAUGAAGGCACUGUGUACAAUGAUGGCUCAUCUCACCCUGGCUUGGUUGCCAAGCCCUUUGAGAAAGUAACGUACCGCUGGACAGUCCCCCCGCAUGCCGGUCCCGCUGCUCAGGAUCCUGCUUGUCUCACCUGGAUGUACUUCUCUGCCGCAGAUCCCAUAAAAGACACAAAUUCUGGCCUGGUGGGCCCGCUGCUUGUGUGCAGGGCUGGUGCCUUGGGUGCAGAUGGCAAGCAGAAAGGGGUGGAUAAAGAAUUCUUUCUUCUCUUCACUGUGUUGGAUGAGAACAAGAGCUGGUACAGCAAUGCCAAUCAAGCAGCUGCUAUGUUGGAUUUCCGACUGCUUUCAGAGGAUAUUGAGGGCUUCCAAGACUCCAAUCGGAUGCAUGCCAUUAAUGGGUUUCUGUUCUCCAACCUGCCCAGGCUGGACAUGUGCAAGGGUGACACAGUGGCCUGGCACCUGCUCGGCCUGGGCACAGAGACUGAUGUGCACGGAGUCAUGUUCCAGGGCAACACUGUGCAGCUUCAGGGCAUGAGGAAGGGUGCAGCCAUGCUCUUUCCUCAUACCUUUGUCAUGGCCAUCAUGCAGCCUGACAACCUUGGGACAUUUGAGAUUUAUUGCCAGGCAGGCAGCCAUCGAGAAGCAGGGAUGAGGGCAAUCUAUAAUGUCUCCCAGUGUCCUGGUCACCAAGCCACCCCUCGCCAACGCUACCAAGCUGCAAGAAUCUACUAUAUCAUGGCAGAAGAAGUAGAGUGGGACUAUUGCCCUGACAGGAGCUGGGAAUUGGAAUGGCACAACCAGUCUGAGAAGGACAGUUAUGGUUACAUUUUCCUGAACAACAAGGAUGGGCUCCUGGGUUCCAGAUACAAGAAAGCUGUAUUCAGGGAAUACACUGAUGGUACAUUCAGGAUCCCUCGGCCAAGGACUGGACCAGAAGAACACUUGGGAAUCUUGGGUCCACUUAUCAAAGGAGAAGUUGGUGAUAUCCUGACUGUGGUAUUCAAGAAUAAUGCCAGCCGCCCCUACUCUGUUCAUGCUCAUGGAGUGCUAGAAUCUACUACCGGCUGGCCACUGGCUGCUGAGCCUGGUGAGGUGCUCACUUAUCAGUGGAACAUCCCAGAGAGAUCUGGCCCUGGGCCCAAUGACUCUGCUUGUGUUUCCUGGAUCUAUUAUUCUGCAGUGGAUCCCAUCAAGGACAUGUAUAGUGGCCUGGUGGGGCCCUUGACUAUCUGCCGAAAGGGCAUCCUGGAGCCCCACGGAGGACGGAGUGACAUGGAUCGGGAAUUUGCGUUGUUGUUUUUGAUUUUUGAUGAAAAUCAGUCUUGGUAUUUGGAGGAAAAUGUGGCAACCCAUGGGUCCCAGGAUCCAGGCAGUAUUAAUCUACAGGAUGAAACUUUCUUGGAGAGUAAUAAAAUGCAUGCAAUCAAUGGGAAACUCUAUGCCAACCUUAGGGGUCUUACCAUGUACCAAGGAGAACGAGUGGCCUGGUACAUGCUGGGCAUGGGCCAAGAUGUGGACCUGCAUACCAUCCACUUUCAUGCAGAGAGCUUCCUCUAUCGGAAUGGUGAGAACUACCGGGCAGAUGUGGUGGAUCUGUUCCCAGGGACUUUUGAGGUGGUAGAGAUGGUGGCCAGCAACCCUGGGACAUGGUUGUUGCACUGCCAUGUGACUGACCAUGUCCAUGCUGGCAUGGAGACCCUCUUCACUGUUUUUUCUCGAACAGAGCACUUAAGCACUAUCACCACCAUCACCAAAGAGGCUGAAAAAGCAGUUACCCCCAGAGACAUUGAAGAAGGCAAUGUGAAGAUGCUGGGCAUGCAGAUCCCCAUAAAGAAUGUUGAGAUACUGGCCUCUGUUUUGGUUGCCAUUGGUGUCACCCUCCUGCUUGUUGCUCUGGCUCUUGGUGGUAUGGUUUGGUACCAACAUCGACAGAGAAAGCUACGACGCAAUAGGAGGUCCAUCCUGGAUGACAGCUUCAAGCUUCUGUCUUUCAAGCAGUAACAUAUGGAGCCUGGAGAUAUCCUCAGGAAGCACAUCUGUAAUGCACUCCCAGCAGGCCAUUGACUAAUCACUAACCCCAGUGUCAAAGGGGCAUGGGUGGUGGGGGGCGGGAAUUAAGCUUAUCUGGAUAUUUCUUUCUUUCUUUAUUUUACAUGGAAAUAAUAGGAUUUUACUUUUUCUUUAGUUUCUUUGCUCUACUUGGGCACCUGGGGCUAAGGGAAUACUUUAGUAUCAGUAUCUUACAUCACAAAUUUCAACAGCUACAUUAUAUUGCCUUCUGACACUUGGAAGGUCUUGAAAUUUCUAGAAAUGUAUCCUUCUCACAAAGUGGAUACUAAGAGAAAAACUCAUUGAUUGGGUUUCUACUUCUUUCAAGGACUCAGGAAAGUUCACUUUGAACUGAGGCCAAGUGAGCUCUUAAGAUAACCCACAUUUAAACUAAAGGCUAAGAAUUUAGGCUUGAUGGGAAAUUGAAGGUAGUCUGAGGACUGGGAAUCCAAAUUGAAUUUUGAUUCUCCUUGGCAGUGAACUACUUUGGAGAAGUGGUGAAUGGGUUGUUGCUGCUGUGAGCACGUACAACCUCUGGAGCCAGAAGCUCCUCAAGAAAGGCAGUCCUCCAGGUUCCUGAACAGUGGCACUGAAAGGAAUGUUGAGUCACCUCUUCAAGUUUUAGACAGCAAACCCUAUCCAUUAAAGUACUUGUUAGAACCCUGAAA